CCUUUCUGUUCUUUCUUUUCGUUUUUCGUUUGGUGUAAUCACAUCUUAGCAUAGCAGAAAUGUCGUGGUUUAGAAGAGAUCCGCCCAAUACCGUCUCAGCAUGGGGAUACAAAUUCGUGCUUACGGACGAGCACUUGACACUGGACCAAAUGAACCCAGCAAAACAAAGAUGGGAUUAUCUUGGAGAAAAGGCAUUAAACCGACUAAACGAGAUUUCGCCACCACCACCGCGCAGCACGAAGAAACCUUCGGAAGGAAAAGAACCAUUUCCUGAUGAGGAGAAGCAGCCGACUCCAGAGGUCAAGCCUAAGAGAGACUUGUAUGCGAUCUUCCGCGAUAAUGCCGAGAAGGAUGAAGUACUGCAGGAACUUUGGCAGCAGGUGAAUACUGUUCCGGAAUGGGUGGACUGGGAGCAAAUUGCACGCGGACAGGAUGUGUUUUAUCGAUAUGGCGGACCUGUUCUUACUGGACUGGCAUAUCAAUCUCUACUCGGUGGGCUCGGAGCAGCUCGAGUGACCGAGGUCUUGUCAAGGACAGGAGGUUUCUCUGUCGAUGUGGCGAGAAAUCGCUUGUUUGAGACCACACAAUAUCUUCUUCAGUGCACAAAAUCACUGGAAGCCAUUCAGCCUGGAGGUGAAGGAUGGGCGGCCACGAUCCGAGUACGACUACUACACGCAACAGUACGGAAUCGAAUCAUGAAACUUGCAGCCACGAGACCGGAAUACUUCGACACGGAGAAACUUGGAGUACCCAUCAACAAUAUGGAUUGUGUUGGCACGAUAGUCAGCUUCUCUAGCGCACUUAUCUGGAUAUCGCUGCCUCGACAGGGCAUAUAUCUUCGUCCACAGGAGAUCGAGGAUUAUACAGCUUUAUGGCGGUACAUUGCCUACGUGAUUGGCUGUCCUGUCGAGGGUCUUUUGGAAACGAAGGAACAGAGCAAGCGCAUCCUCGACAGCAUCAUGAUGCAUGAGAUUGCACCGACGCGGACAUCACAGAUCCUGGCCAACAAUGUGAUUCGCAGUCUGCAAGACCAGCCUCCUGGCUAUGCAUCUUCGGAUUUCCUCUGCGCAGGAGCACGAUGGCUCAAUGGCAAUGAGUUGUGUGAUGCAUUAGCGCUUCCGAAACCGAGUAUAUACUAUACUGCAUUGAUGGCAGGUCAAUGCAUCUUCUUCGGAUUCUGGUGUUACACGAAUCGCAUGAACAAAUCAACAGAUCAGAAGAAGCUGGUGGUGUUGCGAGACAUCUUCUGGAAAAUCAUCGUCAAGGGUGGAUUGAAGGGUGAAGAGACAUCGUUCGACUUCAAGUACGUGCCAGAGUACAGCAUCAUGACUGAGAUGGGUGGAGUCGAGGAAGCCAAGUUAUCGAAGAAAGAGAUUGAAAUUGCGAGUCUGAAGUGGUUGUUGAUGGGAGUCGCGGUUGUAUCGGUGGUUGGAUUUGUGGUCACCAAGGCCAGUCUACUAGGAGGACGUGUGGCCGUAUGGGGUGUCAAGAGCGCGUGGAGCAUGUUGCAGACCUAGCAUUGUCAUGUCGAAAUUCCAAGAAUGAUUACAGCAUCCAAAAUC